AUGUCCAAUUUAUAUGAUAAACUAGGACCACAAGGUAGAGCUCUAAUAAAUAAUCGUAAUGAUAAUAAUUAUUCAGUACAAAAUCGUGAUUCAAGACAACCAAAUUUCACACCACAAGAAUUAGAUUUCGUGAUUGAUGAAUUAAGAAAUCCAAAACCAAAUACAACAAUAAAUAAUAUAUUAGGUUAUUUAUAUAAUUAUAUACCAUAUAUAAAACAUGAAAGAAAUUUAGGUUUAGUUAUUGCAAGCUUUUUAAAUUCACCAAAAUGUUUUGGAUCUAAAACUUUUCCAAUACCAACAUUUGAAGAAAAUUAUCCAAUAAUUGAAGUAUUUAAAUUAAUAACUGAUAAAAAAUUAAAAAUUUCAAAACCAACUUUAUCAAUCAAAACAUAUUAUCUGAUAAUUGGGAAAGAAUUAGAACAUUUUGUUAGUUUUAAUCCCAUUGUAAAUUCUUGGAAAGUUUUACCAAUUAUUUGUGGGAUUAUGUUAUCAAAUAAUAUAAGAAAUGAAAUAUAUAUUGAACAACAAAAUUUUUUUAAAUAUAAUUGGUUUUUUCAAGAUUGGGAUCAUAAGAUUAAAAAAUUAUUUAUAAAUUGUUUGGAAUAUAGUUUAAGUAAUAUUCAUGAUAAAAAUAUUUUAUAUUUAAGUGUUACAAGUUUAGCUUUAAUUUAUCAAAAAGAUGAAGAAAAUAUUAAAAAAUAUACUUCAAAAAUUAAUGAUUCAUUUAUGAUUAAUGUUUUAAUUGAUAUGAUAUUUCUUGAUCCAACGGUUUCAACAAAAAUUUAUCAUGAAUUUUUUAAAUUUGAUCCAAAUUCUUCAAAUAUUGAAGAUAUAGUUCAAAAAGAUAUAUUACAAAAACCGGUGAUUAAACAUUUAAAUAAAUUUUCAUUUUUACUAGCUGCAUACUUAAGAAAUUUAAAAUAUAAUCCUAGAAAUGAUGAAUUAAUUUCAAACAAUUUAAUAAAAUUAACAGAUUUUAAUCAUAAAUUAUCAAAAUCAUGUGAAUCAUCAAUUUUUAAUAAUCUUAAUAGUCCUAAAGAUAAUAAUCCACUAUAUCAACUGUUUUGGUAUUUCAUGAAAAAUUUAUUAUUUUCAGAAAUCAUUAUUUUUCAAGGUUUAUUAAGUCGUUUUUUAUCAGGUAAUAAAUCAAAUUUAGUUUGGUUUAAUUCGAGAGAUUUAGUGGUUAUAGAAAGAGAAUAUAGAUCAAUAUCAUUAAAAAUUAUUUCAAAUUUAUAUUAUUUAAAUUUUAUAUUAUUAUCAAUUGGUCAAGGUGGAUUUGAUAAUUAUAAUUUUGUAUAUUAUUUAAGUAUUGAAUUAUCUUUAUCAUCUGAUCAAUUUGAAAAGUUAUCAUUAUCAUUAUUAAAUUAUAAUGAAGUUAAUUUAUAUCCAAAUGUAUUAAAUACUAAUUAUAUAAUGCAACUGAAAGUUUUAUUUGUUUUGGGGCUUUGGGAAAAUUAUUUACAACUGAAAAAUAUUAAAAAUGAACAAUUUGCUAAAAAAAUAUAUAGCAUCGUGAAAGAAUUAGCAGAUGAUAAAAAAUAUUUAAAUGAUGAUAUAAUUGAAGCAAGUCAUUCAGUAUUAUUAUUUUAUUUUGCAAAUAGUAAAAAUGUUGAUUUAAAUGAUUGUAUUGAAUAUGUUAAUUUAUUAAUAAAACAAUUUCCUAAAACAAUAUCAUCUACUCAAUUAUGUAUUGCAAUUGAAACUAUAGGUAAAAAAAUAUUAUCAAACCCCCAACCAUAUCCCCAAGAUUCAAUUUUUUUAAAUUCAGCAGAUGAAUUUUUUCAAUUUUUAAUUGAUAAAUGUAAACCAAUAAUACCAGGUAUACCAGUUAAAAAAUCAAUUGAAGAUGAAAAUAAUCCAAGUUUUUCUUCAGCUCAACCAAUACUGGAAAUUGAAGCAAAUUCAACUUUAAAUACCUUGGAACAAGAUAAAAGAUUAAAUAAUGAUAUAAUACAUGAAAAUAAAGCUAAAAAGCCAAAAGAUAAAGUUGUUAAAGAUUUAUUACCAAGAUUUAAAAAAGAUUAUAAAUUUCAAAAUAGAUUAAUUCCUGAAACAGCAAGAGAAUCAGCAAUAUUAGCAUUAAUUAAUUUAAUUCCUUAUUUCCCAUUAUCUGUUUUUUUACAAUGGAUUGAUCAAAUUUGGUAUUUGAUUUUAAAAAGUAAUGUCAGCGAACAAAAUUAUUUAAUUGGUAUGUUAUGGAAAGUUUUAAGUGAUAGUUUAGAUUUAAAUAGAAUUGAAUUAGCUAUGAGAUGGUGGUAUGAAAUUAAAAAAAUACCACUGAAGGGAGAUUCUAACUUUAUUGAAUCAAAGAUAUAA